AUGGCUCCUGGAACAACACGGAAUCCCACCAAUUGGGAAGAAUAUGAGUAUGGAACUUCUCCCCAUAGAAGUUCCGUCAGCUCGGAUGGUGGACGAAGCAUACAUUUCAGCGAGCAAGGAGAACGUACCCCUUCUGCGAAUCUAGGCGUGCCAGAGAACGAUGAAGGCAACCAACAAGAAUUGCGAAGACGGAGAUCUUCAAUCGCUCUCCGUCUGAAUUCCAUAGCCCAAGUUGGAGGUGUAAACAGUAUGGAAAACUUUGCGAGAAGUUGGACAAGAGCUGCAGGGUUCCACGAGGUUGCACCGAACCGGCCUGCGUUUAUUAUCUCCUCCGAACCAGACUCACCCGCGAACACCGACGACACGGACGAGACGAUCGCAUAUGGGAGGACAGAUGCAGAAAAUGGACGCAUACCUCGGACAUCGUUGCUCAGAGCCCAUCUCGAAGCUUCAGGAAGGUCGGAAAAUGCUAUUGACGACGACACCGUUGAUUACGAAGCCGAAGAUGUGCCCACUCCCACCCAGCCAUUACUACACAAAGAGUCUGGUGGGAGACGACUUAAUAGUGAUUUGCCCAGUGUUCAGGGCAGUGUCAGAGGAAGGGAUUCCAGUUUUGCUAUUCCCCCUCAUCUAGCCAUCGCACUUUCAGGAAGCUACGGAACAUCGUACGGUACUUUACAGUCUACCCUGAGCGGGAACUCUAUGCUAAGAGCUGGGGAAUUAUGGAGACAACAACAAGUCGCUAGAGCGGAGGGGACGUCGGAGCCUUUAAUGGUCAAAGAAGUGGAACAGGAUGGGAAGGUUGUUCUUACAGUCGCUGGGCAGUCGACUCUUUAUCAGACGAUAUUCAACUCCACAAAUGUCCUAAUCGGAGUUGGACUUUUGAGUCUUCCUAUGGGUAUCAAAUAUUCCGGUUGGGUUUGCGGAAUGCUGUUCCUGGGAUUUGCAGCAUUGGUUACUGCAUAUACAGCCAAGUUGCUAGCGAAGUGUUUGGAUGUUGAUGCUAGUUUGAUCACAUUUGCAGAUCUAGCAUUUAUCAGCUAUGGCCAAAAGGCUCGGAUAAUAACCAGUGUGCUUUUUACGCUGGAGUUACUUGCUGCAUGCGUAGCUCUGGUUGUUCUUUUUGCGGAUACGUUGGAUCUAUUGAUCCCUGGUGUUGGUGUAAUUGGGUGGAAAAUAAUCUGCGGUCUUCUCAUGAUACCCCUGAACUUUGCACCUUUGCUUGUAAGCAUCGUUUUCAUCGACGGCUUUUCUAAGCCUCAUACUCCUGGCUCUCUGCGUGAGCCAGCUACGACUUACCUCUUCCCCUCAAACUGGCUCACCUUGCCUCUAUCAUUCGGUCUUCUCAUGUCUCCUUGGGGUGGGCAUUCUGUCUUCCCUAAUAUAUAUAGAGACAUGCGUCAUCCCUACAAGUUCAAGCGGGCUGUCAAAGUCACCUUUACCUUCACCUACAUCCUCGAUUGUGCUACAGCUGUAGCCGGCAUCCUCAUGUUUGGCGACGGGGUUAUGGACGAAAUAACAGCAAAUAUAAUCGGUACUUCUGGCUAUCCCAAAUUCCUCGCCGUCUGCCUCAGCAUUUUCAUCGCCAUCAUUCCCCUUACAAAGGUCCCGCUAAAUGCCCGACCGAUCGUCUCGACCCUGGAACUCCUAGCCGGUCUUGACCCGCAUUCUGAAGCCCAUGCUCCUCCUCAAACCAAGCUCUCCAGCUUGAUCCGCAAGAUUCUCAAAAGCGUAAUCCGCAUCCUGGUCAUUGUUGUUUUUGUGAUUAUUGCGAUUGUAUUUCCUGCAUUUGAUAGCAUCAUGGCGUUCAUGGGAUCUACAUUGUGUUUUACUAUCUGCAUUAUUUUGCCACUGUUGUUUUAUCUAAAGAUCUUUGGGAAGGAAGUUAGCAUGCGGGAACGCAUCCUGGACUACUUCCUGAUUGUGGUUUGCUCGAUUCUAGCGACUGUGGGUACAGUCUUUGCGUUCUUGCCGAAGAGCAUGAUUGGGGCUGCGUAG